GAAAGUUAUGAAAUUUUAAAGUAUAAAAUGUUGUGACAACCAAAUUGUUUCAAUCACAAAGAGAAAAUCAAAGGAAAAAUCAUUCAUAAAGAGGAUGGAAAUUGAGAAUACAAACCCUAAUGUUUACCAGAAGUGUGGAGAGCGUGAGUGGGUAUCCACGGAUGAGGAUGACAGUGUUAGUGAUCCCUUCGAUACGCGAGAAAUCUUCGAUCUCGUGCGUGUGAUUAAUGACCCGGAACAUCCACUAACACUGGAGGAACUUCAUGUUGUCCAGGAGGAUCUCAUUGCUGUUGACAAUGACAAGAGUGAGAUUAAGGUGAACUUCACACCGACAAUCCCGCAUUGCAGCAUGGCCACCCUCAUUGGACUCUCAAUCCGCGUUAAGCUCCUCCGAGCGCUUCCGCCACGCUUCAAGGUCACCGUGGAGAUCACUCCGGGAACGCACUCGUCGGAGCAUGCGGUGAAUAAGCAGCUGGCGGACAAGGAACGCGUAGCAGCUGCCCUGGAGAACACGCAUCUCAUUGAAGUGAUCAAUCAGUGCAUUGCUGUGUAGGAAGGGGGCUUCCCGGAAGUGAUCUGUCUGGGAUUUUCUUGUUCUCUUACACUACAACUAUAAAUUUAUUGAUAUUAAAUUCCAA